AACCAUGAUAAAUAUAGAGAUACAGACCACUUAUACAACUCAUUGACAGUUUAUAGCGAUCGUGGACAAUCGGUACACUGACACUUCAUCUCAGUCGGCUAACUACACUUCUAAAAUGUUAAACGAGACUUUGGGAAGCGAAUAUUUGGAUUACUUGCCGAAUAAUCCUCUCCGUGACCCCUUCAGAACGGCAUGGGUGCAUAUGACUGACAACUACACGAAGUUUCAAAUCGCGACAUGGGGAUCUCUGCUUGUCCACGAGGUGGUGUACUUUGGCUUGUGUCUACCUGCAUUUAUCUUCCAGUUUAUUCCCUUCAUGAACAGAUACAAGAUCCAGUCAGACAAACCAGAUACAUUUGACAAGCAGUGGACAUGUCUAAAGCUUAUUCUGUUCAGUCAUUUUUGUAUACAGCUGCCCAUGAUGAGUGGGACGUAUUUCUUCACUGAAUAUUUCAACAUUCCGUAUGACUGGGACAGCAUGCCUCCAUGGUGGAAUCUGGCGCUGCGUUGUUUCGGCUGCGCUGUCAUUGAGGACACCUGGCACUUCUUCCUUCACUGGGCCCUCCAUGACAGAAGGGUGUACAAGUACAUCCACAAAGUUCAUCAUUACUUCCAGACUCCGUUUGGAAUGACUGCUGAAUACGCACACCCACUGGAGACAAUAAUUCUUGGAUUUGGGUUCUUCAUUGGAGUCUUGACCUUCACCAACCAUAUGGUGUUUAUGUGGGCGUGGGUGACAGUCAGGCUGAUGGAGACCAUCGACGUCCACAGUGGCUACUACCUCCCCUACCUCAACCCCUUCCACCUCUUCCCCUUCUACGCAGGUGCCAAGUUUCACGACUUCCACCAUAAGAACUUCGUCGGUAACUACGGCUCAACGUUUACGUGGUGGGACAAGAUUUUCGGCACUGACUCACAGUACAAGGAAUACUGUGCCAAACAGGAGGGCAAGAAGAAGUUGCAGUAGAUGUUCCAGCUGCUGCCAGAGAUGUGUUGUGUCUGAUCAACAGGACGUUGCAUGGACCCGUGAUUAUCAUCUGGCAGUGGAGCCUGUCUGAUCCCAGCUGAUUCUGGCUGAUCCUGGCCACAAAGUGAUCUUAAUGCUUCAGCUAUCAUAAGUAUUUAGAAAUUAAACCAUAGUGAUGAGAUGGUUCAGUGAAAGAGGUCAUUGGUUUUAGAAGAUAGGUGUGUCUCGCCACCACUAGUACCUGCAGAGCAUCAUAUAUACUCCUCAACUUUCGAUGGGGAUAAACUUCAUAUUUCUAUAUACAUAUUACGAGAAAUGAAAUCAAGAAAAAUAUUAUAACAUCCCUGUCAAAAGUUGAGUGGAUAAGAUAUAUUAAAUAUUUUAAGCUUAUGCAAAGAUCAGCAUUUGGUUGUAAUUUGCUUUGAAGUGAUGCUUGUCUCAUUUACCUUCUUAUUGUUUUGUGGAACUGAUACAUAUGCAGUGCACUGGUUACACACUAUGUAACAAUGUUACAUGUUACUGGCUGGAUCAGUGUUAAUGGUGUAUUCCAUGUACUCAGUACAGUUAUGAAUGCUGUGAUUGCUAAAACUCUUAAAUAAAACAUUUAACUGAGAUGCUUGUUAUUUCUAUCAAAAAACAAAAGUGAGGUAUAAAGUUGACUGAAACAUACUGGGCAUUUCAGUUACUUGCUUUGUCAGUCAGGUUAAAUAUAGCAAGAUUAAUAUGAAACAUGUACAUUUUCAUGUACACUUUCUGUGAGUCAGGUUGUGAAUCCUGGUACAUGUUUCUAGACUGGCAGAGUUACUGGGUUAAACAAUUUGUAAUGAUGUCAACAUUUAACAAGUGGAUGUUGAGGUUCACACUGUUACAGGUGCUCUCUGUAUGUGGAAUAUGUUGUUAGUUAAGAAUAUAAUUCAGAUGUGAUGUUAUGGUGACCCCAGUCAAGGAGUUGAUCUAUCUGGUUCAUGUGGCUUCAUAAAUCUACAGAUGUAUUGUAGAUUUUGACUAGUCUCAGAGAUACAUUGUACUAUUUUAUGCCAAGAUCAGAAGGAUGUCAUAGUAUUUGUUGUUGUUGUUUCGGGAAUCAUUCAAGAUAUGUUAUGGACAUUACUAGCAUUUACAUGUGACAUUUAUCAGAACGACUGAUUUUAUGUGUAAAUUGGAUCUCAGAAAUUUCCCUUUCAGGGACCCAAGAAGUGUGAAUUUGAUUUGGGCAUCAGUCAGGGAUGAUCUUGAAUGGGAGGGAAUGUUUCCGUUGAAUAGACUCAAUUCAACAUUUCUUUGAAGAAGUUUUGAUUUAGUCCCACCGAAUGAAAUCAAAGUCAGGAUCGUCAUUAUUGUCAUCAUCAUCUUCAUCAUCAUUGUGUGAUAACUCAUGUUGUACAUGUAUACUAUUUAUUUACCAUGUGUAUAUAAAGUCUGUGUUGAUAAUAAAUAGUAUUUUCAAAUGGAA